CGUUGGGGAACCUGCGUCUAGGUUCCGGUCAGCUGACUCGACUAGUCAGCUGAUCAGCAGUCACGUGAAAAACCUGUGGCAUGUAGGAAUGACGAGCCGUUGGUUCUUAUAGACCUCCCGCUCCUCUCACAAACCCAGGCUAACAGGGUUAGCUUAAGGAGGAAGGAGAAUCUGUCAUCCAUGACAUCCAUGAUGUCAGGGCGUGCCUGAACACGGACGGACGUUUGCUGCUUUGAAAGCAUCAGCGUCCCUGCCCCAGCUUACUACAUGCAGUACUUGGGGCCGGGAGAGAGGCCAGGAGCGAGGUCCCCUUCAGUAUUAUCAGAGAAGGGGGCCUCACGCAGAGCAGUGGCUGUCCGGUACCCUUUAAAAGUGCAUGACAAGGCCAAUACAUUAGGGACUGUCCAGUUCAUCUGCACUUACCUGAACCAACCAUGACUUUCUCUGACGCUGAGAAGGCUGCCAUCACCUCUAUCUGGGGCAAGGUUGCCGGCCAUACUGAUGAAAUUGGAGCAGAGGCUCUGGAAAGGCUCUUCCUGAGCUUCCCCCAGACCAAAACCUACUUCAGCCACUUCAACCUGAGCCAUGGUUCCAGUGAUCUGAGCAGCCACGGAGGAAAGGUUCUGAGUGCCAUUGGUAAUGCUGCUGGCCACCUGGAUGACCUGGACCAUGCUCUGUCCUCCCUCAGUGACCUGCAUGCCCAGAAGCUCAGGGUUGACCCUGGUAACUUCAGGCUGCUGUCCCACUCCAUCCAGGUGACUCUGGCUGUCCACUUCCCCAAUGAAUUCAACGCUGUUGCUCAGGCUGCCUGGGACAAGUUCCUGUCCGCUGUGUCCUCUGUCCUGGUGUCCAAGUACAGAUAAACUGGGCUCAGUGUGAUACCUGGUUGUUAACAUGUCUUAACCAGUUCAAUAA